ACGACGAGUGUGCAAGAUCACCACUUGGCCCCUCCUGCUCACCACGUUCCUAUCUUAGAGACUGUUACCUAUUCCACAUACAGGACUGCGCGAGCACCGCCCACUAUGCCUUUCUAAGCUCUGUCUAGCAACAGUCCAUUCAUGUCCUACCAUCCGCAACAGAACGCCACGCCUACUCCAAACUCAAAGGCUGAUCAGAUCGUAUAUCGUGUGUUCCACAAGCUUGUCCUGGUAGUUACCGACGCGCGAACACCUGCUAGCCCUACUACAGCUUCUCAGACAAGUCCUAAUAAUUCAAAUACUUAUGGAGGGAAAGAUAACGCCUCCGAAGCUGCAAACGAGCCCUCGAGAGGAGGCAUUACCCCCGGUGGGAUGCCUGGUUCAUCAACAAGGGAAACCAAGCCUCCUAGGACUGACAAAUGGUUCAACUUAGAAAUACCCGACACGAAUCUUUACAAGGCGACACUCGAGGCUUAUCGUUCAAUUUCGACAUCAUAUGCUUCGCAUGCAAUUCCCCCUUUACAUAUCUCAGUUCUCCUCUCUGUGCCACCCCUUAAUAGUAGCUCGGGAUAGCCCUUGUGCACCAAUUAUCGGAUUCCAACAGUAGUGGUGUAACGCCAACGCGAGUGACCCCUCCGCCUCGGUAUAUUCUUCUCGAGACACACACUCUCACCUUAUCACCGUCUUCGUCUCUAUCAGCUAGCUCAAGUUCAUCUUCGUUGAACGUAGAACUUCCGACAGUCUACAAGCAAUGCAUUUCGUUGUUCCGCAGUGUGUAC